CCCCGGCGCCCAGCAGCCCCCAGCACCCCGAGCCCUCUCCCUCCCCGUUCACCUGCUUCGCCCGUCUCAGCGCUCGGCUCUGGGACUCGCCUCCAGGACCGGGCUCCAUUUGGGACGCACCUAUCGGAAGGACAUUUGGCUGACAGAUAAGGCUUUCUUCGGGCCCGUUUCUUACCAAACUGCACACCUCUGCUGCUUGGAGCAGAACUAGAAAGUAGCAGGACCUGCAGUGAGUUGACACUAACUUUCAGCUCUCCGUACGCUGACUCAUAAAGGUGCAGGAGUUUUCAGCAGGAAUUUACGAUCACAGAGCUAUUCCGGGGGCUCUUCUAAUCAGCACGGUAUCUGCCUGAACACCUAUACAGCGAUACUCGGAGGAAGCAGUAAAGAUAAAAAGGGCUUCGAGACUGUGAGGAGCAGAUGCAAUCAUGGUCACGAUAUUAAUAUUUAGCUUAGUGUUUGCACACACCAGGCUCAUCGGAAAAGACCUCGGAGACUACAAAUGCCACGUGGAAAAUGCGUCAGAAACAGCCGGCCACAUAAGAAGCCUGGACGUCUUUCUGCAAGCCCCUGGGAUAGCAGCAAGCAAAGGGAAGUUAAGCAGAAGCCAAAAAGUCAGCACUCUGGAAUGCUUUAGUCAUCGAAGCCCCGUGCAAGUCAAUCUGCUGCACUUGGAGAAGAUGCUCGGAGGUUUGGCAGAGCAGGCCGUAGAGAAGUGCACCCUGCAGAGCAUUGAAGUCAUCACCACUGCAGUCAGGGCACCCGCUCUCAACCACAGCUGUGUUUUACUGACGCCCAAGAGAAGGAAGUUUCAUAGAAAAUUUAUUCUUAGAGGAAAAGUGUUUCUGCCAGCGAUAUCCAGCCGUGCUGUAAAAGCAACACUGCUCCAGCGGAAAGCUUUUUCCGAGGCUCCGACUAUCCCAGCUGUGCGCCACGAAAACCAGACUUCACAGGAGGGAAUUGCACCCAGAAAUGACAAAGAUUUGCUGAUCAGACAAAAAAUAAGUAUCUUCGUUAAACUGCUCAUCGUUUGCAUCCUGUUAGUCACUGCGAUAUGCUACAUCGUGAUUGUCAUAUGCGAAAUUCCCUGCUCGUGCUUGUGCUCUGACUGGAUGGCCGGCGGACGGAGCAGCAGCGGAAGCACGUACGCAGCCUCAGAGCCAGUGGGUCACCGAACGGGAACGCUUCUAACCCAGCUACUUGAGGACACGAAAGAGAAAUCGCUGCAAUGUUUUGCCUGACUCUCAGACUCCCUUGCACAGACAGAAGCGUAAUAGCAAGACCCUUAAAUGAAAAGAUCCAAAAUCCUCAUUAUCCGUGAAACCCACCCAAGAAAUGCCGCAGGCCUUACUGGAACACCCUUUUUACUCAGACACCUCACCUUUCUCCUCACCACCUACUGGAAGCAGCAGACUGAACACCAGCAGCUUAAACCACCACAACCCAACCGCUGCAGACUGAAACCAGACUUAACAUCAGAGGAAACAUUUACCUGGUUAGGGGCAGUCACAUCAAUUCACUGGGAAAAGAGCUGCUGCGACGACACCCGUAUGCUGAGUCCUUCCAUUAACUACCCGGAUUCCUAUUUUAAUUCCCAGAUACUGGAAAAACCUGUUGGCAUAAGCAAUAAAAAUUUCACUGACGUUCCAAA